AUGGCUGAGUGUUUGAAAAGUUGUUCUUGGGACUCAGUGACCUUUGCUGAUGUAGCUGUGGACUUCACCCAGGAAGAAUGGACUUUACUGGACCCCAUUCAGAGAAAGCUAUACAGAGAUGUGAUGCUGGAGAACUACAAGAACCUGACCACAGCAGGGUAUCAGUCAUUGAAACCCACCGUGAUCUCUUGGUUGGAACAAGAAGAUGAUUUGAGGACAGUGGAAAGAAGAGGAGUCCUCCAAGAAGGAACAUGGGAGAGUUCUGUUCACUCCACAAGGCGUGGUAUACCUGUACGAAAUCACACCACAAAAAAAAGUUAUGAAUGUAAGGAGUGUGGGAAAGUCUACAAAUAUCAUAUAUCCAUUAAAAUUCACAUGGGAACCCACAAUGGAGAGAAACCCUAUAAAUGUAAGGAAUGUGGGAAAGCUUUCGUUAUAGCUUAUGAACUUAAGAGGCAUAUAAAAUCUCAUACUGGAGAAAAGCCCUUUAUAGGUAAGGAAUGUGGGAAAGCCUUCAUUAGAGCUGAUCACCUUAGGAGCUAUAUAAAAUCUCAUACUGGAGAGAGGCCCUUUAUAUAUAAGGAAAGUGGAAAAUCCUAUUUUUAUCCCUUAGUCCUUAAUGAUCACAUGCAAAAUCAUAGUGAAAUAAAAGUGCAUAAAUGUAAGGAGUGUGGGAAAGCCUUCCUUACUUUCUAUAGACUUAAAGAACAUAUAAAAUCUCAUAGUGAAGAGAGGCCUUUUCCAUGUGAAAAAUGUGGAAAAUUCUUUAAAAGUUCUUCAUAUCUUAAGAUUCACAAUCGAAUUCACACUGGAACAAAACCAUAUAAAUGUACAGAAUGUGGUAAAGCUUUUAUCAGGCCUUUACUUACUGAACAUAUGAAAACUCAUGCUAGAAAGUUUUUAUGUGAAGAUUGUGGAAAAUUUUUUGUCAGAUCUCAGUUUAGGGACCAUAGAAAAUCUCACAUUGGAGAGAGGCCCUUUCUAUGUGAUCGGUGUGGAAAAUCCUUUAAACAUUCCUUAUACCUUCAUCAUCACAAGACAAUUCAAUCGGGAAUAAAACAUUACAAAUGUGAGAUAUGUGGGAGAGCCUUCACUUGGAAAUCAGACCUUUCUAAACAUGUUCAAACUCAUGGUGGAGAGAAAGAAACCUGA